CCAAGCCACAGGCCCAGGCUGCCGUCGCUUGCACCUCUCUGGCUUGCAUGGCUCCCUGGAUGACCCGAGAUUCCAGGCAUCCAUCUGAUAAACCUCCUUUCCCCCUUGGACCGUGGCCCGGCACCCUCCCCCUGCACCUGCACAUCUCGGCCCUCCGGUGGCCCACUCAGCUCCGGGAUCAACAACCACCACCACCAUACCUCCAAAAGGACACCUCGUCGUCAUCAUCAUGAAUUGUGAGGGUCGACCCAAUAUGUCACCCGCAACGCUUGCUCAUGCCCACCCCCUUCAAGCCAGAGAGACAAGGCAGGCCAUGAUGGCAGGGAUGCCACCACAUUCUUUCCAUGCAGUUCCGUCGCUGUCGUUUGUAAUCGUCGGCGUCAUCGCCGUGCCAGUUGUCCAAACCUCGCUUCCCUCUCUGCUCCUCCCGAGUUUGUCCGUCUUACUCAGGCACCUUUCGGUGCGUUAUAGGGUCCCCCCCCCCCC